AUGGGUGGCCCCAUCGGCGAUCCCCCGUGUAAGAGUGAGGUGGAGGAGGACAUUCCAGGAGAUGUCACCACAGAGAAUUUCAGUAAAAAUAUUAAGGGCAGUACUAUAUUAUCACAAAAUUAUCAAGAAGAAGAUGAAGAUAACCUGCAGUGCUCCUCAGAAGAAAACCUCAUUACACUUAAUGUACACCCAGUUCUUCACAGUACAGAUCUAUUAUAUAAUCCCCCUUAUCAUGAGGAACCUUCUCCUGACCAAUUACAGGUUGUUACCAAAAAUACAGGUCACAAAUGGGAUAAAAGGUUUCAGGGCGGUAAAGAUUCUAAAGAGAAUUCAAGACUUUCUACACACAGAAGAAUUCACACAGAAGAGCAGCCAUACUGCUGUUUAGAAUGUGGGAAAUGCUUUACAAGUAAAUCAGAUUUUGUUAAACAUGAGAUAAUUCACACAGGAGAGAAGCCAUAUUCAUGUUCAGAAUGUGAAAAAUGUUUUACAAAAAAAUCAUAUCUUGUUAUACAUGAGAGAAUUCACACAGGAGAAAAGCCAUAUUCAUGUUCAGAAUGUGGAAAAUGUUUUACAGAUCAAUCCAGUUUCGUUAGACAUAGGAAAAUUCACACAGGAGAAAAGCCAUAUUCAUGUUCAGAAUGUGGGAAAGGCUAUGCAGAAAAAUCUGGUCUUGUUAGACAUAAGAAAAUUCACACAGGUGAGAAGCCAUAUUCAUGUUCAGAAUGUGGGAAAUGUUAUACAGAAAAAUUUGGCCUUGUUAGACAUAAGAAAAUUCAUAUAGGAGAGAAGCUAUAUUCAUGUUCAGAAUGUGGGAACUGUUUUACAUAUAAAUCAGAUCUUGUUAAACAUCAGAGAAUUCACACAGGAGAAAAUCUAUAUUCAUGUUCAGAAUGUGGGAAAUGUUUUACAACGAGAUCACAUCUUGUUACACAUGAAAGAAUCCACACAGGAGAGAAGCCAUAUUCAUGUUCAGAAUGUGGAAAAUGUUUUACAGAUAGAUCCAGUCUCCUUAGACAUAAGAACAUUCACACAGGAGAGAAGCCAUAUUUAUGUUCAGAAUGUGGGAAAUGUUUUACAGAUAAAUCCAGUCUUAUUAUACAUAGGAGAAGUCACACAGGAGAGAAACCAUAUUCAUGUUCAGAAUGUGAGAACUGUUUUACAUAUAAAUCAGAUCUUGUUAAACAUCAGAGAAUUCACACAGGGGAGAAUCCAUAUUCAUGUUUAGAAUGUGGGAAAUGUUUUACAGAUAAAUCCAGUCUUGUUAGACAUAAGAAAAGUCACAUUGAAGAGAAGCCUUAUUCAUGUUCAGAAUGUGGAAAAUGUUAUACAAGUAAAUUUCAUCUUGUUAUACAUAAGAGAAGUCACACAGGAGAGAAGCCUUAUUCAUGUUCAGAAUGUAAAAAAUGUUUUACAGAUAAAUCAUAUCUUGUUAGACAUAAGAGAAGAUCCACCCCUAACUUAUCACACAAUCCCUACUGGUCUCUGCGGUCCUCCUCCCCUGAUACCAGCUUGCUUUAUGGCAUCAUAGUCGCCAGCUUGGUUUAUGGCAUCAAAGUCACCAUCCUGGUCAUGAGGAAGAGCUGCAAACACCUCAAGGGCUUUUCCCCUGAGGCCUGGUGUCAGGAGAUUGAUUCUGUUACCACCCCUUCUGGGCAUCGAUACAUGAUCAAUGAUCCAACAUUUGAGAUCCCUUUCUCUAUGCUUGAAAUCUGUGAAGUGUUUCUAUACCGGCAAAUCCAACCUCUUUUGUCGGAUAGUGAGACAAUGAUUGUUUAA